UGUUUGGCACGUGACGGCAUGGGUAUAUUCAAUGCUUAGAACCGGCGUUGGAUAUAGAGACAGGAUUUAUUGUGCCAUCGUUAAAGCCUUGGUACUGUUCUUGUGGACGACAGCUUCAAUCCUCCACAAGUGCGAGCACGAACACGACAUCCACGCCGGUGUACAAUCAGUUUUACGGCUCGUCAGCGAGGGAAUCUUAUGCCACAAUUUCCGAGACUGUUGUCUCGCCAUUUGCUGUCAAUGACUGGUCCGCUCCCGGCAAAUACUGUGCAGCCUCUGCAAAGUGGUCGGUUGGCAGCGGAGGUUCGGCCACGUCUCGAGCGCUUGGACGAUCGUCUUCCGGGUGCUCUGUACCACGGUCAUUACUCCCA